AUGUGUGAACGCAGCAAGGACUUAUUUUUCGAGCAGUGCGUUACACAAACGCAAAGUGCAAUGUUUUCGUCAAAUUAUGACGGCUGUGAUUCUGAUAGCAGUUCAUCCAGUGGCACAAAUGAUGCUAAUUAUAUCUGUAUAACCGAAGAUACGAAGAUCAAGGCCCGGGAAUUCGAGGAGCUGAUGGAACGAGAGCUUGAUGCAUUAGUCAGGCAAGCUCAAUAUAAACAUGCAGAUUCGAAAACUGUCAGUCAGAAAAAAAAUCUUAAAGUAAGGUUUCAAAAGACUGAUGCUGAUUAUGAUGAAGAUAAUGUUCCCAUAGACAAAGAUCCUUUAUGUGAUUAUGAAGAAGAUGAAGCUAAUUUAAAAUGGGUUCAGGAAAAUCUUCCUGGCGGCCAGUGUAAAAAUUCAGAUGCUGUCCUUAACUGUCCUGGAUGUAUGUCUGUAUUGUCUUUGGAUUGUCACAGACACCCGCAUUUUAAAACACAGUACUAUACAGAAUAUCCUAUUAAUUGUGUUGUGGAUGAAACACAAGUCAUUUCUCGAAAUAUAUCAAAACCCCACAGAAAGAGUAAAUCUAAUAUCGAAGAUGACUCGGAAUCGCGGCGAAAUAUUUCAAAAGAAUAUCACAUAGUCAAUUGCAAAGUGUGUGGCAAUUCAGUUGGACGUCAAGAAAUCAAAACAAAUGUGAUAUAUUUCAAUAAUGUGCUAGCAGGUCAUAGUUAAACAAGGUCGCUAUUUGUACAGAAUGCUGUAUAAUGCUACUUGAUUAUAUUAAGUAGUAUAAUGUAAAUAACUCAAAUUUUCGUUCCGUUUGUAUAUAGAUGAACUGUCUAUAUUUUAACAAAUAAGUCAAUAAAAACAUUUGAUACAAC